GGGUAGGCUUGUUAUGAACUAGUUGGCAAACAUUUGAGUAAUUCUCCGCGCGCUGGGUAUGAUUGCACAAGUGGUCCCGUGGAGGGGUCCCUAGCCCUACAACGAGUAGAGACAAGCCCGUGAGUUCCAAGAAAGCGACCGUGCGGUGCAGCCGGAGCAGAAGGCAGGUCCAACUAUUUCAACAAGUGUUUAGAAAUCCGUGAUUCCUCUCUGAUUUUGCCCGCAGUUGCGCAUUCCAGAGGGGAGCCGUAGCGGAUGCACCAAACUCCACGCAUAAUUUAUUUAUUCAUUCAUUUCCUAUCACCAGUGACUGCUGCCAACUGAAUGCGUCUGAGUGGUUGAGGGAUAGAUAGCUCUUUGUUUUCGUCCCCCGUCGCGCUCUCUACUUGCUCUAGAACUUCUAACCAAGCUGACCAAGGAUGGACGGGAACCGAACCAUCGACCCAAGCUGCAGUGAAAAACCUCCCGUGGCCAUCGACAUCCUUCUCCAGUUGGACAUCUUUGGUAUCAUCCUGUACUCAGUGCUGACCUUCAUGGCAGCGGUGUCCAUGCUGGUCUACAUAGAGGAGUGUUGGUACAUCUACCGGAAGGUUCCCUCCAACAAGAAGAGCGCCAUCAUCUGGGUCAAUGGGGCAGCGCCGGUGAUCGGCACCAUGUCCUGUCUGGGGAUGUGGAUUCCUCGAGCCACCAUGUUUACGGACAUGACCUCCGCCUGCUACUUUGCGAUCGUAGUGUUUAAGUUCCUGGUGUUAAUGAUCGAGGAGGUGGGGGGUGACGAGGCGUUUCUACGGCGAGCAGGGAGGAACAAAUUGAAGAUCAGUACUGGUCCCUGUUGCUGCUGCUGCCUUUGUCUACCCCAUGUUAACAUCACACGACGGAGUUUGUUCCUGCUGAAGUUGGGGUCGUUUCAGUUCGCCCUGAUGAAGGUUGUCUUCACCAUUCUGUCAGUCAUCCUCUGGACCAAUGGCAACUUCGACGUUACAGAUGCCGUAUGUGUUUCAGACAGCGGUAACCGGAGCGUCCAUCUGGAUAUCCCUGGGAGUGGGGGUCCUGACCAUCAUAGCACUGUGGCCUGUAGCCAUCAUGUUCAUGCAUCUCAGGACCACGCUGCGCAGCCUCAAGAUCAUUCCCAAAUACGCCAUGUACCAGCUGGUGCUCGUGCUGAGUCAGCUCCAGUCUGCCAUCAUCAACAUCCUGGCUAUGAUGGGAACUAUCGCCUGCACCCCGCCAUACUCCUCUCAGGCCAGGGGAUACUUGAUGAGUCAACAGUUGUUAAUGCUGGAGAUGUUCAUCAUCACCUUGGUAACCCGCCUGUUGUAUCGUCGCCAGUACGAGCCACUCCCUGACGACGAGCAUGAUGACGACCACACUAAGAUUGGUCUAUCAGCUGAGAGAACUCUGGCAUAGCGUGAGGAAGAGAGAAACUGUGUGUGUGUGUGUGUGUGUGUGUGUGUGUGUGUGUGUGUGUGUGUGUGUGUGUGUGUGUGUGUGUGUGUGUGUGUGUGUGUGUGCAUACGUUUAAGGGAGAAUUAUGUGGGAUCAGGAUCCGUUGGAGAAUACUGAUAUAUUCUCAAAUGUGUAUAUGGACUAAACUGACAGAACACAAUGGAUGACCCGAGCUUGUUGUGUUCUGUUACACUGAAUUGUCCAAUAAGAAAUGAGUUCAGUACUUUUCUUGGUGAGCAAAGUGUUUAAGAUGGAUCAGAGUUAUUCCUCUCUCAGCCAGUGUGUUUGGGUGUGAUAGUGUUGUUGUUGUGUAACUGUAAUAUAUGAAUUAUUUCAGAAAUGUAUUUUUAUCACAAGUUAUAUGUUUUGCCAUUGUGAACUUUGUACUUGUAUCCUAAUGAUCAAUUUAUAAUGUAUAUUCUUUUUCUUAAGUUUUAAAUUUGAGGAGUUGUAUUUCGUCAUUUGUUUUUCAGUAGGCAUGCACACCCACACACAGGUCUGGGUUAUGGUGGGCAGACUGUAGUUGUAGAGGGGAAACCUUGCGUGCUCUGUGUAUCUGUUGGGGCGGUAUGCGAAUUGGAGUGGGUCUAGGGUUCCCGGGAUAAUGGGGUUGUGAGCCUUUCAUAGCACUUCAUGGCUACCGACGUGAAUGCUACGGGGAGGUAACCAUUUAGGCAGGUUACCUUCACUUUCUUGGGCACAGCAACUAUGGUGGUCUGCUUGAAGCAUGUAGGUAUUACAGACUAGGUCAGGGAAAGGUUGUAAAUGUCAGUGAAGACACUUGUCGGUCUGUGCAUGCUUUGAGUACACGUCAUGGUAAUCCGUCUGGCCGAGCGGCUUUGUGACCUGUUGACCUAUUUGAAGUUCUUGCUCACAUCGGAUUCGAAAAGUGUAAUCCACAGUCACCCAGAACAGUUGGUGCUCUCAUGCAUGUUUCAGAGUUGCUUGCCUCAAAGCGAGCAUAAAAGGCAUUUUAACUUGUUGGGUAGGCUCGCUUCACUGAGCAGCUCGUGGCUGUGUUUCCCUUUGUAGUCCGUAAUAGUAUGCAAACCCUGCCACAUCCGACGAGCGUCAGGGCCAGUCUAGUAGGAUUCCAUCUUAGUCCUGUAUUGACCCUUUGCCUGUUUGAUGGUUUGUCGGAGGACGUAGCGGCAUUUCUUAUAAGCGUCCAAAUUAGUGUCCAGCUCCAGUCUGUUUGUUCAGUCCCACCGAAUAGAACUAGUGUUCCUUUCCCCUACAAAGCAUCAGGCUGAGACAGAGGCUGAUGGUUUGGUUUCAGAUCCGACAGAGAAAAGGAAUAAAGAUGCUUUUCUCUUCCUCCCUUUGGGGACACAGUUUUGAUUGGGCACAGCUGGCAUCAGUUUGGGCCGUUGUCAUAGUUAAUGAUUGGUACGAUUGUCAUGGUUACUGGGGCAUGCUCUGACAGCAAGUUACAGAAAAGAGUUUUGCAGUAAAUUAAACUAUAUGAACAUUAUAAGAACAUUUUAUUUCAAUAUUUGUUGCAAUAUAUACCCUCUUUCUUCCCAAUUUUGUGAUUACGAUCUAGUCUCGUAGCUGCAACUCCCCGACGGGCUCGGGAGAGGCGACGGUCGAGUCAUGCGUCCUCAGAAACAUGGCCUGCCAAGCCGUGCUUCUUAACAUCUGCUUGCUUAACCUGGAAACCAGCUGCACCAAUGUGUCAGGAAACACUGUGCAACUGAUGACCAAGGUCAGCCUGCAAGCGCCCGGCCCGCCACAAGGAGUCGCUAGAGCGCGAUGAGCCAAGUAAAGCCCCAUCUUGGCCAAACCCUCCCUUAACCUGGACGACGUUGGGCCAAUUGUGCGCCGCCCUAUGGGACUCCCGGUCAUACCGCAACACUGCAAUGCAGUGCCUUUUGUCCACUGCGCCACUCGGGUAUAAGAACACUUUAAGUCAUUUCAGGAACAAUGGGAAUAAACUAAAUAGAUUUAUUAUGCAUUAAGUAUGUUAUUUAUGUUACUGAAAGAAUCCAGAACAAACGGAUGCAUUUUUAUUAUUCAAUUAUCAGAAAGAGUCAUGACGUGCCCUGAGGAUCAUAAAGACCUGGUAGAAACUGCCAUGCAGUAUUGAAGAUAGACUUGGUCAAACUCCUAAAUCCCCAAAAUGGGAUAAUUAAGCAAUAUUUACACUUGUGGGAAUGGUCUGUGGACACAGUUAAGAUGAGUGUGUUUAUUUUGGUGAUCUCACGAAGGAUAAGAAACACAAAGGUAUCUCUUAAAGUGUACAUUUCUCAGCUGUCAGGUUUAAAUAUUGUGAAACGUGAUUAAACAGGAAACUAUUUGUGAAAAGAUGCAAUGUGUUGUUAACCUUCUAAAUGACAGUAUGAAUUUUCAUAUGAAAAUCAGCUAGUCAGUGGCCACGCCCACAUGAGCAUCGACAUUCCGUCGGCAUCAUGGAACCGCCCCUUUCUACUGAAAUGUAUAAAAUCCUGAUGAAAUUCACAGUAGACCAUGCAAACUAAGCUACGGUUGCAAAUGGUUGAAUUUCGAAGACUAGAAAACAUGCAGCUGACGCAACUACAACUCUACCAAAGGACAAGACCAUACCACGUGGAGCAUUGGCUACACGUCUUGAAAUGGUUAAACUCUGUGAGACUAUCGAUCACUACAGAAUAAGAGCAAAUCUUAGAUGUAUAAUUACUAGUCUGCAGCUAGAAAUGACGUAAAUCAAGAACAAGAAUACCAACAAACGUUGAAGCAUCUAUGAGAACAUUUCCGAAUGGUACUCUGAAGUAUCCAAUUUUACCACGUACAUCCAUGAAAGACAUUGAGACUCCUGGGAAAGUUAACCAGAGACCCUGAUGAACCCUAAAGGACCAUUGAGGAUUCCAACAGUGAAGACGACAACGACAUAUGGGCGUAAAUAUAUAAAUUGCGACUAUUCUCCUUUUUACCUACCAAGCCGUCAUAAUGGCUUAGUCCGCUAGGGGACUUUUCUAUCAUUGUUAGUAACCAAUAUCUGUUUAUGUAUUUCUGUGAUUUAUUUUGUUAGUAAAUAAAUAAUUAAGCCAA